CUCAAAGCUAGUAGAAAAGGCUGGUAAUGCAAGUUAACAUAGCGGUUUUCUGGUUUCCCGUAGUGCCCUACCAAAACCCCACUUUCACUUCUCCACCGCCGGCCCUAAAAUAGGUAAAUCCCCCCGCUUCUUUCUAAUUCCAACCUCCGCCAGCUCCGACCUCCCGCUCAGCAACUCAGGGUAUCUAUUAACACACACGCAUAGGGUUCUUACCGUGAAGAAGCUGGCAAAGGGAACCUCGGAAAGAGGCGCGGGAGAUCUAUUUCGGUGGGAGAAGAUUCUCGAUCUCCACACCGCCGCUUCUGCCCAGAUACCAUCCCACUCUUGCUGCGCAUAUUGACAGUAGAAUCGGAAGCACCGGGGUUCCUGUUUUGACGGCAAAAAUCGCGAGCUCUGAGUUAGAAAAGAAAGAAGAAGUGCAAGCAGAAAAAGAUGCAUACUCAAGUUGUUGUUCUCAAUGACUCCUUGAAACGCGAGUCUGGACAAAAGGUCCACCAUGCUAAUAUCCAGGCCUCAAAGGCUGUUGCUGAUAUUAUUCGAACAACCUUGGGCCCUCGAUCUAUGUUGAAGAUGCUGCUUGAUGCUUCUGGAGGAAUUGUUGUUACUAAUGAUGGAAAUGCAAUUUUGCGUGAGUUAGAUAUAGCUCAUCCAGCAGCAAAGUCAAUGAUUGAGUUGAGCCGUACACAAGAUGAAGAAGUGGGAGAUGGAACGACAUCUGUUAUUGUUCUUGCUGGGGAGAUGCUACAUGUUGCAGAAGCUUUCAUUGACAAAAAAUAUCAUCCUACAGUUAUAUGUCGAGCAUACAACAAAGCUCUAGAGGAUGCUGUUGCUGUGCUGGAUAAAAUUGCUAUGACGAUUGAUGUGAAUGACCGUGGAACAAUGUUGAGCCUUGUGAAGAGCUGUAUUGGCACGAAAUUCACCAGUCAGUUUGGAGACUUGAUUGCUAAUGUGUUAAUUUAUUUUUAUAACUUAAAUUUCAAGGAUCUUGCAAUUGAUGCUACCACUACUGUUGGUGUUGACCUCGGCCAAGGUCUGCGUGAAGUGGAUAUCAAGAAGUAUAUCAAGGUUGAGAAGGUUCCUGGCAGCCAGUUAGAGGAAUCCAGAGUUCUGAAAGGCGUUAUGUUUAACAAAGAUGUGGUGGCCCCUGGAAAAAUGAGGAGAAAGAUUGUUAAUCCACGUAUCAUUCUUCUUGAUUGUCCACUGGAGUACAAGAAAGGUGAGAACCAGACAAAUGCCGAGCUGGUUAAAGAAGAAGACUGGGAACUUCUGCUGAAAAUGGAAGAGGAGUACAUUGAGAAUAUCUGCUCUCAAAUUCUAAAAUUUAAACCAGAUUUGGUGAUCACGGAGAAGGGUCUUAGCGAUUUGGCAACCCACUAUCUAAGCAAGGCUGGUGUCAGUGCAAUCAGAAGGCUGAGGAAGACAGACAACAACAGAAUUGCAAAGGCAUGUGGGGCUGUUAUUGUGAACAGACCUGACGAGUUGCAAGAAUCUGAUGUUGGUACCGCAGCUGGGCUGUUUGAGGUUAAGAAAAUUGGAGAUGAGUUCUUCUCCUUCAUUGUUGACUGCCAGGACCCAAAGGCUUGUACGGUUCUCUUGAGAGGUGCUAGCAAGGAUCUCCUAAACGAGGUGGAAAGGAACUUGCAGGAUGCUAUGGCUGUGGCCAGAAACAUACUUAAGAACCCAAAACUUGUUCCUGGAGGCGGUGCUACUGAGCUAACUGUAUCUGCUACACUAAAGCAGAAGAGUUCUUCUGUUGAAGGCAUUGAAAAGUGGCCUUAUGAAGCAGCUGCUAUAGCUUUCGAGGCUAUUCCACGAACUUUGGCCCAAAACUGUGGUGUUAAUGUGAUCCGGAAAAUGACCGAGUUGCAAGGACUAAUUCAGCAUGCAAAUGGAGAGAAUGCAUGGACUGGCAUUGAUGGGAACACUGGUGAAAUCAGUGACAUGAAAGAGAGGAAGAUAUGGGAUGCUUACAACGUGAAGGCGCAAACAUUCAAGACGGCGAUAGAAGCAGCUUGCAUGCUUUUGAGGAUUGACGACAUUGUUAGUGGAAUCAAGAAGAAACAGGCCCCUGGGGCUGGUCCAUCCAAGCCACAGGUGGAGACUGAAGCUGAUGCUGAUGGAGAGCAGAUUCUUCCCGACUGAAUAAUAUGUUGCUCUUUAAAUCUUUGUGGAGUGGAUCUGCAUCUAAGGAUCCUGUGGAGGAAAGCACUUUCAAGUAUGCAACUCGUGAUGCUCAACUAUGACCUAGCAUUUUGCGGCGUGCCUCUGACGUUGCUGGCCUUUGCCUUGCUGUGUGGUCAAAUUCUAUUCUGACCGAGUAUUUGGUUUAAACAAAUCUACUAUAACUGAUAUUAGCAAAGAUAGUUUCCUUUGGUUCUUUCAUAGAUUGAUAACUAUGUUGUAGCUACUGUUUAUCCUUGAGGAAUUUUGAAGCCAAAGACGUAGUAUUUGAGAUUGUUUACAGAUUAGUUUCGGUAAAUUGCAAGGUUAUUUAUUUGUCACUAAAAGUAUUUAAUUCCAUUGGUGGUCA